AUGGCUACGACGGCACCCCCGAAGGCCAAGCAUGACUGGGCCGACGACGACGAUGUCGAAGAGACCACCGAUCUCCCUCCCCCCCAGACCAUCUCCAACAAGGACGGAACCAAGACCAUCAUCACAUUCCGAUACAAUGACCAGGGCCAGAAAGUAAAGACGACCCGUCGAGUUCGCUAUGUUACGCACAAGGAGACGGUCAACCCCCGCGUCGCCGACAGAAAGAACUGGUCCAAGUUCGGCCUCAGCCAAAAGGACGGCGCUGGCCCUGCACCCGAUACCACAUCGGUCGGCGAGAAUAUCAUCUUCCGACCCAGCAUCAACUGGCGCAAGGAUGCCAAGGACGAGAGCCAGGACCCCAACGCGCAGUCGAUGAAGGACAAGCUCAAGGACAAGAAGGUCAAGUGCCGUAUUUGCAACGGCGAACAUUUCACGGCCAGAUGUCCCUACAAGGAUACCAUGGCGCCCAUCGGAGAGAAUGGCGCUGCAGAUGUUGCUGCCGGCAUGGGCGACGAGCCUGCGCCUUCUGGUGCCGGAGGUGCUGCCAAGAAGGGCUCCUAUGUUCCUCCUGCUCUGCGUGGCGAUCGUGCCGGAGCGGUUGGCGAGCGCAUGGGAGGGUCCAAGUACGGCGAGAGAGACGACCUUGCUACGCUUCGCGUCACCAACGUUUCCGAGAUGGCAGAGGAGUCAGAGUUACGGGAUAUGUUCGAGCGAUUUGGAAGAGUCACCAGAGUGUUCCUUGCUAAGGACAGGGAAACUGGUAUGGCUAAGGGGUUCGCUUUUAUCAGUUUCGCGGACCGUGGAGAUGCCGUCAAGGCAUGCAGCAAGAUGGAUGGAUUUGGUUUCAAGCAUCUUAUUCUCAGAGUCGAGUUUGCUAAGAAGGCUCAGUAG